AUGUUGAAUGUCUCGCAAAUGCAUAGUUUGCGAGAAAAUAGCGAUAAUUACACAAACAUAACGAUUCUGAGCCGACCCACAGUGCCUGUAGUGACUGAGUCCAGUCCUCACGUCAGCGCUGGUCGGCAACCAAAUGCAUCCAAACCCACACUCAACACAUCCAACACUUCCAACACAUCCAUCGCUAACCAACACAAUCACCCAAACCUAUCACAACCACCACAACCACCACAACAAGCAUCACAAGCAACACAUUCAGCACAACCACAGCCACAAUGUGUGGGAAGCGAUCAAAUUGGGAGCAACACUGAGUGUGCGGUGGAGGACAAGUCGCCGAUGUGUCAAAUCAAUGAGAUUUGUAGAUAUAAUAACAUUAAACAGGAGUACCUUCUGAUAGAAGAGUUGGGUCCGCCUCACGACAAGACAUUUACCGUUGCAUUAAAGUUAGGUUCGAGUGAAGAAUAUCGUGGAAGCGGUCCAUCGAUAAAGAAGGCGCAGAGAAGUGCCGCCACUUCGGCUCUCCUGCGGACACAACUGAAACACCCGACGCCC